AUGUGUCCUAUUGGAAAGAGUGGCACGAAUUGGUCAUGGAAGGACCGUUUUCUGGUAUAUGUGCAUCGCUUUGACAUUGUUCCUCAAAGCUCCGGCACCAAUGAUUGUGAGCCAAGUACGCAGCUCCACUUGCUCAAACGAGCAAAACACUCAAAUGGUACUUGGGUGGGUGACAUCAUACCCGUGACGCAGCUUAGAUCACCUGUGAACCUUUUCCCUCGCUUCGGUGCAAGUGCGGACAACCGUCUCACCCCGUAUAACAGCAUGGAGCAUGCUUCACAAUUUUGGCUCAACAAGUAUUGGGACAAGAACAUGACCGUUGACAACGGAAUCAAAUUAUCGUCAUUGGUGUCUAUCCCAGAAGUCACCGACGUUCACACUAUGAACAAGAUCAUGUCCGACGAGCUUAAUCGUCUAGUCACUCACGAGGGUUCACCAGAGGCCUCACAACCGCUUGGACACCUACUUUCUGAAAUAUUCCAGCCUUUCACAGAACCUCUUCCUGAUGUAUGCGACCUUAAAAUACCUUUCGGAAAAAUCAUUCAUCGCAACAAUCACAUCAAUGAGAAAUUCAGUGAGACAUCACCAGAUACCCUAGUGCCACUGUACGACACUGAAGCAAAGACUUGUAAUUGGGCUCUUCCAGUCGACCCACCUGGAGAUGAUGAUAGCAGCCUUCCGGGUCAGGUCGAGUCGUCAGAGAGCAACAAUCCACAGGAAGCAACCCACGAAGAAAUUUUUGCAGCAUUUCUCAAUGCUCUGGUUGGCUGGUUGGCGGCGUCACAGCUCAAACUAGUAGCCAUGCGCUUUGCAACUAGCUCAUGGAGUGCGGCCAAUGCACAUAAGGCAUUGCCCGGCAGUGACAUCAGGCGCAAGCCAGAUAUCGUUCUAUCCGACGACAUAUCAGCAAAGUGGGGAAACAUCAGAGUCUCAGCUGAACUCACGCACAGUCGCUACCGGCCUGCGAUGCGACUUGGGAAGGCUGCAGAUACCCAUGCCUAUCUUAUGAUGAGUGAGCAGCCCUGGAGGCGCUUUGCUCUCAUAUUAUCAUUCACAGACGAAUAUCGCCACCUAAGAGUCUUGAUGUAUGAUCACUCUGGUGGUGCUGUGUCCCCUCGCUUCGAUAUCUACACACAACCUGACAUAUUCUCGCAUAUCAUCGUGGCUAUUACUUUUGGGAGUCUGGAGUGUGUCGGCUAUGAUCCCACUGUUUCCUUCUCGAGGACUGUUGCAGCACCCCGAAGCAAAGAUAUCUGCGUCUAUCGUCCCAUCAAAAAUGCUUCUGCCCGACGUACUACGACAGAUAAUGCUGUUGCUGCAUCCACCUCUGAUUCUCUUUCAUUUCCUGAGGAUCCCGACGGAGUGUCCAGCGAUGCUCUUGAAUCGUCAAUCUCCGAUAACUCUGAUGAGUCUUCUAAUGACUCUACUCAUGACUCAAUGCAAGGGAAUCUGAGCGGCUCUCCCACACAUGACUCGAUGGACGAAGGCCUCACAUCCCAAGUACCCCAGGCUGAGAUGACCGGGAGCAUCUAUUCCGUUACCCCUCUCCCUUCCCAAUUCCCCUAUUCUACUCAAUCACCUGAACCCUGCGGCAAGAUCCGCGUAGGGCAGACAAUCUACACCAUAAAGAGAAUUCUUUUUGUGAGCCAGGGCCUCGUUGAUCGUGGCACCGUUUGCUACUUAGUCACCUUAGACGAUGAAGACUAUAUCAUCAAAGACCAUUGGGUUGUGGGUAAGGACGAUCGGGUAGUCCUGAAUGAGAUCAAGAUGCUGGAGUUGAUGGAUGGUGUCCCUGGCAUUCCAAAGCUGGUAGAUUAUUGGAUCGUUGAACGGUCAGAUGGCACGCCUGACGUUACCAAAAAAUAUCGGAAAAAGGAAUGCCGGAGCACCCAGGGCACUAGUCACACUCAUGUGCGUCUUGUCUUGAAGCCAUGUGGUCGCCCCCUUCACAUGUUCCGAACACUUAAGGAGUUUGUGCGAGCACUAAGAGAUAUUGUUAAGAUUCAACAAACUGUGGUGGAGGAACAUCAGAUUUUGCAUCGGGAUUGUAGUCUUAACAAUGUGAUGAUCCUAGACGACAUUAGUGGCAGCGAAGGCUUUCUUAUUGAUUGGGAGUUUGUGGUUCGCAUCGCUGCAGAUCAUAAAUAUCCCCUUGGUGGUACAGGCACAGUCCCUUUCAUGUCACGCAGGCUUCUUAACCAAGUCUCAGUCAUCCAGCAGGAAGCCGAGUUGGAAUCUCAGGAGAAAAAAGCGACUCGGGGAUGCAAAUCAGUCGAAAAACCGAAAACCCCGAAAUCGUCCUCUGAUUCUAAAGUGCUACCUGUAUCAUACGUCCUUCAAACUUUUUCAGAUGACCUGGAGUCCCUUUUUUUGUGUUCGCAUGGUCCCAACGGCAUGGUGCGCAAGGAAUGCUCACCCAAUUCGUUACUAAAUCGAUGGACCAACCUUGACCUGGCGUCAUGCGCCGCCUUCAAGAUCACUUUUUUUGCGAAUCCGACAGAUGGAAAGCGUCUUAUAGACGAAUUUCACCCAUACUUCAACCCCCUGAUCCCCCUCACAAUAGAGUGGCGUAGAGUUCUGGUGGACAACAUGAUCCACCCCGUCACCUUCGACACCAUUCUUGGUGUACUCAACUCUCAUCUCGACAAGCUUCCUGACAACAAGGAGCUCGUAUCUACUGUGAACAUGCUCAUGAAUGAUGCUGUCAUUCUCACACGUCAUGUCAAGGGCAAACAGAUUGCUUCAGAGUCUUUCUCUGUGGCAGCCACAACACCCAAGCGGCAAAAGUCUCGCCAUGGUGAUACCGAGUCCGACUCCUCAGCAUCAGGCAGUGAUGCAUGA